UCUAUAACGACAACAGACCUGGACGAAUGAUACAGGCAUAUUUGCGGACAAGAACGAACAUCGAGAGAAUGACUCCACUGCCGAUUUGUGAGCACGACUGUAAACUGCGCUUCCGCAUCUCCUUGAGCAGCUCGCCCCACGGUCAGAGCCUCGGUGAAGGAGUUCCCACGCACCCCUCCGAUGAAUUAACCACGGGCCAUCGCAUGAGCGAAGAGACAGCAUCGGAGACAGGCAUAAAAAGUUUUCAAUGUCUGGAAAAUGGAUUUGACGGAGACUCGGUGCCCAAGAAGAAGCCCAGAGCGCUGCGGCUGCUCACCAACGCGCGUGAACGGAGACGCAUGCACGAUCUUAACGACGCGCUGGACGACCUGCGCGCGGUCAUACCGUACUCGCCGAAUCAAAACGUGAAAAAACUCUCCAAGAUAGCGACGCUGCUUUUGGCCAAAAACUACAUCCUGAUGCAAACCCGGGCCUUGAAGGAGAUGCAGAGGAUAGUUGAGCAGGACGUGACACGGAACAUUAUCAUGAAACCACAUUUAUUGUCAGGUUGAGUCUUCAGCGUGUUAUUUAUUUUUUAGAUAUGCAAUUAUAAACAGUGUGACCUAAAAUGUGUUCCAAUCGUCCACAUACACGCGCGCGCAAGUUCUUGUUAAUGUUGUAACGUGAACACUGUAAAUAAACUGUG